AUGUGCAAACUGUUUACAGCGCUGCUCUUUUGCGCAGUGUUGCUGGAAGCGGCUGAAUGCGCGAGAAGAAUCAGACCGCUGAAAGGAUUGGCGGCGAGAAAGAAGCAAAUCAGAUCUGAUGGAGAAACAUUUGUGGUGCUGGUUGCUGGCUCCAAUGGUUGGUACAACUACCGUCAUCAAGCCGAUGUUGCUCACGCGUACCACACGCUUAAAAAUCACGGAAUUCCCGAUGAAAACAUGAUUGUGAUGAUGUACGAUGACGUGGCAAAUCACAAAAUGAAUCCCUACAAGGGAAAAUUGUUCAAUAAGCCACAUGGAAAAGACUUGUACAAAGGAUUGAAAAUCGACUAUCGAGGAGAUUCGGUGACACCCGACAACUUUUUGAACGUUAUCAAGGGAAACAGCAGUGGAAUUCGAGGUGGAAAUGGAAGAGUAUUGAACACAAAUGAGGAUGACAGAAUAUUCAUUUAUUUCACUGAUCAUGGAGCAGUCGGCCUCAUCUCAUUCCCUGAUGAAAUGCUUACUGUCAAACAGCUCAACGAAGCCCUCACCUGGAUGCACAAAAACAACCGGUUCUCGCAAUUGGUCUUCUAUCUCGAAGCUUGCGAAUCCGGAAGCAUGUUCGAGAAAGUUCUGAAGGAUGAUUUGAAUAUUUACGCUAUUACUGCCGCAAAUGGUCAUGAAUCAUCAUGGGGAACAUUCUGCGAAAACGACAUGAAUCUUCCAUGCCUCGGAGAUUUAUUCAGUGUGAAUUGGAUGUCUGACAGCGACGUCGAAGACCUGUCGACAGAAACACUUCAGUAUCAAUAUGAUCUGGUCAAGAAAGAAACCAAUUUGUCGCACGUCAUGCAGUUCGGCGAUCUUGACAUUGCACAGGAGGCUGUUGGACUAUUCCAAGGAGAAAGCGACGGAAACCAAUAUUACACGGAAAAUACGUUUUCUGCUAAGGAAUCCAUCAACUGGCCGUCAAGAGAUAUCGAGUUGAAUCAUUUGAUCUCGAUGCAGCUCAGAUCAAAUAACGCGUUGGAGAAGGUCAACCUUCACAAAAGAAUCCGCAUGAUCCGCGAAUCUCGACAUUCGAUCAAAAAGAGCAUCCACAUGAUUGUGGAGAAGUUGUUCGAAUUCGAAUCUGACGAUUUGAUCGAGCGCAUGUUUAUGAACAAACGACCAGUGUUGGAUGUUGAUUGCCAUCAUGACGUCGUCAAUUUGUUCAAGAAAUAUUGCAUCGACUUUACUAAGCACGAGUAUGCGUUGAAAUAUGUUAAUGUUCUCAACAACAUGUGCAUCGAGCUCGGCGGCAAAGAGCUCCUCAAGAGGUUACCCGACAUCUGUCUCGACGUGAACAUUUCAGUCGAACUUCGGCAACACCGUCACGCAAUCUCCUUUUUCUGA